UUUCUCUCUCUCGUUCUCUGUAAUUCGUUCCUGGAUGUGUCUAACAUUGCAUGUGCCUGCUUUUUCUCCUCUGCUGAAGAACAGACGGCCUUCAAUCAGAUUUUUUCCUUGUGUUGGAAUACCAAUUAAUCCUUAAUUAACCACCAAGCAUGAGGCUAUCUAUAGUCACUAAGUAAGGUUUCUGUGUGAGCACUUUACUACCAUCAUGAAAGUCCAUCCUGAUGGCUACUUGCAUUUCCUCUUCAUGUACAGCAUUUAUAUACUAACUCAGCCUGAAAGCAGCAGAGCCUUGAUCAACAAGAGGAAGCUGCAUGAAAGCUUCUCAAACUGUCCCUCUUUGGAAACUCAGCUGAACUUUACUCAAAGGAACAUAACUCAGCUUCAAACAAGUGACUUUAGUUGUUUUUUACAGUUAAAAUUUCUAAAUAUUUCACAUAAUUCAAUUGAAGAACUAGACUGUUCAGUGUUUCAGUUCAAUCCUUCUCUGGAGUAUUUGGACAUAUCAAACAACAGACUGAAUACUAUACAAUGCCAUUCAUUGCAAUAUAUUAAAAACAUUAAGCAUCUGGACCUUUCCUACAAUAACUUUAAAAAACUGAAUUUUUGCAAGGAAUUUACAGCACUGUCUCAACUAAAAUAUAUUGGUCUCAGUGCUGGGAAGAUCCAAAAUGACAGUUUUUUAAAUAUUGCAUCUAUGCAACUUGAAUAUGCAUUUUUGGGAAUGGAAGAAUGGAUGGAAUAUGAAAAUGGGAGCUUAAAACUGUUGAAUACAAACAAAUUACAUAUCAAUCUACCAACAAACCUAAAUCUAGCAAGUUCUUACCUUCUGAGUGAUGCUUUGGACACCUCCAGAACUCUAGAGGUCUCUGGGGCACAAUGUGAUGGGCACUGUGAUUAUUUCACAAAGCCCUUUUCCACAAUUACUAAAAAUUCCAAAGUAGUGACACUAAUUAUCAGUAAUGGCACACUGCCAGGAAAUGAAAUCCUUAAAAUUAUUCCGCCUGUUUGGGAUUCAUCAGUAGAGCAUAUACACAUUAAAAUGUUCAGACUUUUGCAUCAGCUCAUGUAUGUUAAAAUAGACUUUACGCAUCAUUCUAUAAAAUCGUUUUCAGUAGAGGGUCUGAUUAACGAGGUAGUUUCUUACGAAGGUACUCAUCCCCUUAAUAUGUUUGCAGAAAUGCUUGUGGAAAAUUUAACAUUCUCAAAUGCAGAAAUUAUACACUUUUUUUGUCCUCCAGCACCCAGCAUUUUCAAGUUUCUAAACCUUCCAAACAACAGAAUUACAGAUGAGAUUUUUCUAAACUGUGCCAAUGUCGGUGCAUUGGAAUUCCUUAAUUUACAAAACAACAAAUUAGAGCAAAUUACAAAAAUAAGUUUGAUGACUCUUACAAUGACAAAACUCAAGCACCUGGACCUCAGUAAAAAUGGACUUCUCCGUGACAAUAAUGAACAUUGCAGCUGGUCAGAUUCUCUUAUUUUUCUGAAUUUAUCUGAAAAUAGGCUUACAAAUUCAGUGUUUGGUUGCCUUCCUAUCAACAUCCAGACUCUAGAUCUCUCUAAAAAUCAAAUCACCAGCAUCCCAAUAGAAGUUAAGAAUUUUGAGUCUCUUAAAGAACUAAAUUUGGCUUGUAACCGUCUAACAGAUAUUCCCGACUGCCGCAAUAUUGGCAAUAACUUGAAGGUCCUUAAUGUUGAUGAAAACUUUAUAAAUUUACCAUCAAAAGAAUUUUUGGAAAACUGUAAAUAUGUUUACCUAAGUGCUAGAAAAAAUAAAUUUCAGUGCAACUGUGACCUGAGGGAGUUUGCCAAGACUGGCGCAAAGCUUGUUGGAUGGCCAGAGUCCUAUGAAUGUGCAUAUCCAGAAAACGUUAGAGGAGUUUUUCUUCAAGAUUUUCAUCUAUCUGAAAUUUCUUGCAAUAUAUCAUUGCUUCUAGGAGUUGUAUUGGGCACAAUAUUUAUUGUAUCAAUCAUUGUGGUUUCUGCAUGUUUUUAUUUUGACGUGCCAUGGUAUAUUCGUAUGUUGUUCAGAUGGUUUAGAACAAAACACAGGUCAAGGAAAGUAAACCUGCAAGAAAUUCAGAAUGACAAACUAUUCCACGCAUUUAUUUCUUACAGUCAGGAAGACUCAGAAUGGGUUAAAAGCAUGUUACUACCAAAUCUUGAAAGAAAAGAUGGAUCAAUAAAAAUCUGCCACCAUGAAAGGCAUUUUAUUCCUGGCAAAGCAAUCAUUGAAAAUAUAAUUGACUGCAUCGAAAAAAGUUUUAAGUCCAUUUUUGUUUUGUCUCCUAAUUUUAUUCAAAGUGAUUGGUGUCAUUAUGAGCUGUAUUUUGCCCAGCACACUUUAUUUGGGAAAAAUUCCAAUAAUUUGAUUCUUAUUUUAUUGGACCCCAUCCCACAGUAUUUAAUUCCCAAUAAGUAUAACAAAUUAAGAUCAAUAAUGAAGCAUAGGACAUAUCUUGAGUGGCCAAAGGAAAGAGGCAAGCAAGCCCUUUUUUGGGCUAACCUCAGGGAAGCCAUUCAUGUAAACCUUUCUAUUAAAGAGGAAUUUGUGGCAGAUACUGAAGUUAUAAUAGCAUAAUAAAAAAAAUCGCCAGUUGCUCCCCUAAAGAAUUUGUGUUUAAGCAACUCCCUCCAUUACCAGUUUGAAUAACAUGCCUUCCUACAAAAUCCCACACUUCAUAAAUAUUAGUUACAUGUUCUUUCAAAAAACUGCAUUUUUCACAUUAAUAUUUACUGAAAAAAAUAUCAAAUGCUGUAAGUCAAUGGGCUCCUCAAGUCACAGUCCCCAUCCCCUGGAAUGGACAUGGAACUCUUUAUUUACUUUAAUACUCUCCUUCAUACACUGCUCAAUCCAAACUACAAAGUGUGUUAGCUGCAGAGCACUCUUUUUCUACUCUGUUAUGUACUGUAACACUGCUGUACUACAAUGGUUAAUUUAGGUUUGUAAAAAUAUUUAUUACAAGGCAAAUCAUAUAUUUACAAAUUUGGUGCAAAUGUUUUCAAUGAGCAAAGCAAUCCAUAAGGUAUAUAUGGUCAUGGAUAUACAGUAAAUUACAUGAUGUUAUGACAAAUGUCUCAUUGCAGAGAUCCUGUAUAUAAUGUAAGUUUAUUUUUGGUACAAAUAUUAAAAUACAAAUGUCAAAAUGA